AUGGACAUAGAUCUUGACGUGUAUUUGGAUGAAAAUUAUUUCAAUGGGGAGGUUAAGAUGGAGGUUGAGGUGCGACAGCCGGGUUUGACUCAAAUCGUUUUUCACCAAAAAGUGACUUCAAUCACGGGUAUAGAUAUCGUCGACUCCGCCAACAGGGUCAUAAACCUUCAAUUCCCAGGUCCUUACACCACCGACGACUACUAUGAACUCCUGACACUUAACCUCGCUGGAGCUAUCCCCGUUGGUAACUACACCAUCAGAGUUAGUUACGUUGGAGCAAUCAAUGUAAAUCCCAUAGACCGAGGAUUCUACAAAGGCUACUAUUUCAACUCUAACAACCAGGAGGUGGCUUACGCUACAACACAGUUCCAGCCUGGUAACGCCAGGAAAGCGUUCCCUUGCUUCGACGAGCCUACCUUCAAAUCCCGGUAUAGGCUUUCCAUUACACGUGACAGUAGAUUAAGCCCAUCUUAUUCCAACAUGGACAUCGAAUCCAGAGAGCAAGUCGGCACCAAUCGUAUUCGCGAAAUUUUCUACCCUACUCCCAUAAUAUCUGCUUAUUUAGUAGCCUUCCAUGUGAGCGACUUUGUUGAAACUGAGAUAUCUAGUACUCCUGCUAGACCUUUUAAAAUUAUCUCUCGGCCUGGAGUUAUCGAUCAACAUGAAUUUGCUGCUGAAAUUGGUGUGAGAAUAACCAAUGUAAUGGACGACUAUUUUGCUAUCAUUUACCAUGAAAUGGGACAGGGUGUCUUAAUGAAGAACGAUCACAUCGCUCUACCUGAUUUCCCAUCUGGUGCUAUGGAAAACUGGGGAAUGGUGAACUACAGAGAGGUUUAUCUUCUGUAUGAUCAACGACACAUGAACCUUCCAAAUAAAAUUACUAUCGCUACCAUUAUGGCUCACGAAUUAGCGCAUAAGUGGUUUGGAAACCUUGUCACUACUUUCUGGUGGGGCAAUCUUUGGUUAAACGAAUCCUUUGCUAGUUUCUUCGAAUAUUUUUCUGCUCACGAUGCUCAUCCUGCUUUCGAAUUGGAUAACCAAUUCAUUGUAGAUUAUGUGCAUAGUGCUCUCUCAGCUGACUCCUCUCGCUUUGUAAAUCCUAUGAACUGGACAGGUGUAGCCACUCUCCCUUCAGUCAGUGCCCAUUUCUCUACUAGCAGCUAUGCGAAGGGUGCUUCAGUUCUUAGGAUGAUGGAACACUUCGUCGGUUCUAGAAACUUCAGAACUGCUCUUCGAUAUUACCUAAGAGAUAAUGCCUAUGGUGUUGGUACAAACGCUGACAUGUACAAUGCCUUCAGACAAACUAUUAACGAAGAUUUUGAAUUCCUCCGUGAUUACCCCAACGUGGAUGUUGGUGCUGUGUUUGAGAGUUGGGUUCAGAACCCAGGAUCACCAGUCGUGUUUGCUUCUCUCGAUCCUGCUACUGGUACCGUUGAUAUCACUCAGCAACGCUACACAAUCUCCGGACCCAGACCAGACGACAUUUGGCAAAUACCUUUGACGUGGACCACUGAAAGCGAAUUGAACUUCCAAAAUACUAAACCAAAAAUGAUUUUCUCCACUCAAAGAACUACCAUUACAGUGCCUGAGGGAAACAACUGGGUAAUCUUCAACGUUGGUCAAUCAGGUUUGUACAGAGUAAAUUAUGAUGCAGAAACCUGGGUAAGACUUGGAAAUUAUCUGAAAUCUGCCAAUCGGGAGAGAAUCAACAAGAUGAACAGAGCUCAGAUUGUCAACGACCUUUUGUUCUUCGUUCGCUCUGGAGAUGUAAACUCUACUAUUGCCUUUAACGUAUUGGAAUUCCUUAAAAAUGAAACCGACUAUUAUGUAUGGAAUGGAGCCAUCUCACAGCUGGAAUUUAUUAACAGGCGCUUCCAGCACCUACCUGAUGAUGCCAGUAAAGCAUUCUCAGACUUCCUUCUAGAACUCAUGGAGAAUGUAAUCCAGAACCUUGGAUACGAGGAGGCUGCUAACGAGCCCACAUCUGUAACUCUUAAUAGGAUGCAGAUCAUGAAUUCGGCUUGCAACCUCGGGCAUGCUGGUUGCGUAGCAGAUGCUUUAAACAAAUGGAGAGCGUUCAGGAACAAUGACAAUGAAUUAGUCAAUCCAAACUACCGGCGGUAUGUCUACUGUGUUGGUCUUCGUGAAGGUGAUGCCUCGGAUUAUAACUUCUUGUUCCAAAAGUACGAAACCUCUCAAAGUGCUGCCGAUAUGGUUGUAAUGCUUCGCGCUCUCGGAUGUACAAAGGAUGAGACUUCGUUUAAUCACUUCUUGCGACAAUCUAUAACGAACCGCAAAGUUCGAAUCCACGACCGAACAAAUCUUAUCAGUUUUGGAGUCCAGGGUAACAGGGAAAACUUACAGCUCGUCCUCAACUUCCUUUACCAGAACUUUAAUGAAAUAAGAACUGAAUUUGGUGGUCCAGAUCGUCUCAGCACCGCUAUGAAUGCCGUUUCCGGUUUUAUGACAGACUUUGCUAUGAUUCAACAGUAUCAAAACUGGGUAUAUGCAAAUCAAGUGGCCUUGGCUAGCUCGUUCUCUACAGGAGUAUCUGCGGUACAAACUGCCAUCAAUAAUCUAGACUGGGUAGUUGUUUUGGUACCGUCGGAACUGGGUACCAUCAUGCUGUUGCCAAGUAUUUUAUUCCUUCUGCUCGGGUCCCUGGAGGCCAUACCUGAGGAGUUCAGAUCAAAUUUUGAAUUCGUCGGUUUUAAUUCAAAUUUUGGUGACACAAGAUACCGCUUAGCGGAUACGGUGUACCCAAUUACAAUGAACGUAGAUCUUGACGUGUACUUAAAUGAAAGUCGCUUUGAUGGUUUUGUCAGGAUGGACAUCGAAGUGAGAGAAGCGAAUCUACAACAAAUUGCUUUUCAUCAGAAAGUUCAAUCAAUAACAACUGUGGAUAUAGUUAGUGCUAACAACGAUGUCGUAAACCUUCGAUUCCCAAAUCCAUUCAUUAAAGAUGACCAUUUUGAGAUCGUAAAACUUAAUCUCGCUGGGCCCAUCCCUGCUGGUAACUAUACCAUCACCAUGAAUUAUACUGGGAUUAUUAACGAAAACCCAUUUGACGGAGGUCUCUAUAAAGGCUAUUACUUUAAUAACAAUACAGAGAUAACUUAUGCCACUACACAAUUAGCUCCAUUCUUUGCGAGAAAGGUUUUUCCAUGUUUUGAUGAACCCCAGUUUAAAUCUCGCUAUGUGCUUAGUGUCACCCGUGACAGUAACCUUAGCCACACAUACUCAAAUAUGCCCAUCGCUCAGACGAUACCUGUUGGUGCCGAUCGGAUUCGUGAAGUUUUUCACCCAACACCUAUAAUCUCGGCCUAUCUGAUCGCUUUACAUAUCAGCGAUUUUGAAGAAACAGAGUUGUCUAGUACCGAUGCUAGACCUUUUAGAAUUAUAUCCCGUCCUGAUGCCCUUGAUCAGCAUAAGUGGGCUGCUGAAACUGGAGUAAGAGUCACUAACAAAUUAGAUGAUUACCUUGCUAUACUGUAUCAUGAGAUGGGACAGGGCGUUUUAAUGGAAAAUGAUCAUAUUGCACUGCCUGAUUUCACAUUUGGCGCUAUGGAAAAUUGGGGUAUGGUUAACUACAGAGAAGCAUUUCUUCUGUACGACAAAAAUAACACCAAUCUCAUAAACAAAAUCUUCAUAGCCACAAUCAUGACUCACGAAAUGGCUCACAAGUGGUUUGGCAACCUCGUCUCCACAUUCUGGUGGAGCAAUGUUUGGAUCAAUGAGUCUUUUGCUAGCUAUUUUGAAUAUUUUGCAGCUCACUGGGCGCUUCCUGAAUUUGAAUUAGACCAUCAGUUUGUAGUAGACUAUGUGCAUAGCGCUCUUGCUCAUGAUGCUUCUUUGGGAGCUAAUCCUAUGAACUGGACAGAUGUAGCCAGCACCCCAACAAUCAUGGCCCACUUUUCUACUACAAGUUACGCAAAAGGUGCUUCAGUCCUCAGAAUGAUGGAAAAUUUUGUUGGUUUUAGAAAUUUCAGACUUGCCCUUCGCUACUACCUCAGAGACAAUGCGUACGGUAUUGGCACCCCUGAUGCUGUGUAUGCUGCGUUUGAGCGCGCUAUUUCCGAAGACUUUCAAUUCCUUCGCGACUAUCCCGGUAUCGACGUCAGAGCCGUAUUCGACAGUUGGGUGCAGAAUCCUGGCUCUCCAGUCGUCAGAGUUGAAGUUAAUCCUGUAUCUGGUUAUAUUACUGUUUCGCAGCAACGCUUUUUAGUCUCCGGCACCAGACCCGAUCACAUUUGGCACAUACCUCUUACGUGGACUCAUGCGGGUGCCAUUAAUUUCAAUGACACUCGACCUAAACUCAUACUCUCUACCUCAUCCACUGUCAUCGAGAAUACAACUAAUACAGAAAACGAUUGGGUAAUCUUCAACAUAGCUCAAUCUGGCCUUUACCGAGUGAACUAUGAUGAUGAUAACUGGCAAAGAAUUGGAAAUUAUCUCAAGGGACCAACUAGACAAAAUAUUCACAGAUUAAACAGGGCUCAGAUUGUCAACGAUCUCCUGUUCUUCAUUCGCUCUGGAGACGUGAACAACACCGUAGCUCUCGACGUGUUGGACUUCCUAAGGCAUGAGACCGACUACUACGUAUGGAACGCAGCUAUUGGUCAGCUACAAUUCAUCCACAGGCGCUUUGAACACAUGCCUGUUGCAUAUGACGCGUUUUCGGCUUAUCUUCUCACUCUGUUGGAAAAUGUUAUCCAGCAUCUCGGUUACGAUGAGCGAAGUACCGACUCCACCUCUGACAUCCUUAACAGAAUGCAAAUAUUAAACUUUGCCUGCAACCUUGGACACUCUGGGUGUGUGACCGAUGCCUUGAACAAGUGGAGAGCACACAGGGCUAAUGUGAACGAGUUGGUUCCAGUGAACUAUCGCCGCUACGUGUACUGCGUUGGUCUGCGGGAAGGCGAUGCCUCGGAUUAUGACUAUCUCUUCAACCAAUACGAGACCUCAGAGAAUGCUGCCGAUAUGGUUGUUAUUCUUCGCGCUCUCGGGUGUACUAAGGAUGAAGCAUCAUUUAAUCAUUAUUUGCGUCAGUCAAUCGUGAAUCGCAAAAUCCGACUCCAUGACCGCACUAGUGUUAUAAGUUUUGGAUUGCAAGGAAAUCCAGGAAAUCUACCGCUUGUACUCAACUUCCUUUACCAGAACUACGCUGAAAUCAGAACUGCAUACGGCGGACCAAGCAGAUUAAAUAUAGCAAUAAACAGCGUUUCUGGUUUCUUGACAAAUUUUACCAUGAUUGAAGAGUUCCAAACAUGGGUAUACACAAAUCAGAUUAGUUUGGCAGAAUCAUUUAACACAGGAAGUGCCCUUGUCAAUUCAACCAUCGCGAAUCUAGAAUGGGGUAAUGAGAAUGUAGUUGAAACCUACAGCUUUAUUCUUGAGAGAACUGCAAGUUCAUCUACGAUCUUCCUCUCUUCUACCAUUUUAGUAUUGGCUGCAAUGUUCAUUCAAUUAUUCCACUAG